AUGGCCAAAGAGAAGAAGAGCAAGAACAAGGAAACGCUCAAGAAUCCCAAGGGCACACGCGACUGGUUCGGCGAUGAUGUUGUCCUCCUAAGAGCUAUUCGGCGUCAGAUCGAGACCGUUUUCGAGAAAUAUCGUGCGCAGGAGCUGGAUACGCCAGUCUUCGAGUUGCAAGAGGUGUUAAAGGGCAAAUAUGGCGAAGACUCGAAAUUAAUCUACGACCUGCAGGAUCAGGGUGGGGAGCUCCUUUCAUUACGCUACGACAUGACCGUUCCCUUCGCCAGAUGGCUAGCCAUGAAUCCAGACAUGGAGACUUCGAAGCGGUACGCGAUUGGCAAGGUCUACAGGAGGGAUCAACCCGCCAUAUCCAAGGGGCGCAUGCGGGAGUUUUGGCAAUGCGACAUCGACUUUGCUGGCGAGACGGCACCCAUGUUCAACGACAGUGAAAUCAUCUCCUGCGUGGUCAAGAUCUUUGAGGCGUUGGAGUGGACCGGAUACACAAUAAAACUUAAUGACCGGAGAAUCCUGGAUGGGCUCUUUGAAGUGUGCGGUGUCCCGGAGGACAAGUUGAGGACAAUAUCCAGCGCGGUUGACAAAUUGGACAAACUGCCGUGGGAGGAGGUCAAGAAGGAAAUGGUAGAGCAGAAAGGUCUUGACGAGUCCGUCGCGGACAAGAUUCGGACGUACGUCACGAGGAAGGGCGGCAAAGAACUACUCGAGGAACUGCAGAAGGACGAAGCUCUCAUGAACAACCCGAAGGCUAAGAAAGGGAUCGAAGAAAUGGAACUGCUGAUGCGGUAUUUACAGAGAUGGAAGGCUCUGGACAAAAUUUCUUUCGACCUCUCAUUAGCACGCGGGCUCGACUAUUACACGGGGGUCAUCUAUGAAGUUGUCACAGAGGGAUCUGCCGGUGUAAAGGCGCCUGCCCCCGCCACCGUCGAAGAUUCUACGCCCCCCAUGCCUCCUGUCGCUUCGACAGAGUCAGCCUCGAGUGACGCUCCCGUGACCUCGAAUGGCAGCACGAACGGUGUCCCUAGGAGACCAAAGGAGAAGAAGAAAGCCUCUGAAGACGAAGAUAGGUCAGACGAUCCUACAGUUGGCGUCGGCUCUGUCGCGGCUGGCGGUCGCUAUGACAACCUGGUCGAACGCUUUAGGCCCGGUGCCAAUAUGCCUUGUGUUGGCGUAAGCUUUGGCAUCGAUAGAAUAAUUGCCAUUACCAAGGCGAGGAUGGCCAAGGGCGAGCGCUUCAGCUACAUUAAGCCCAACAGAACCGAUGCAUAUAUCAUGGCAUUCGGCGGUUCCGGCUUCAGCGGUAUGUUCGAGGAGCGUAUUGACAUUUUGGCUGCUUUGAGGGAGGCAGGUCUCCGGGCAGAAACGUUCUCCAAGCAGAAGGCCAAAUUACAGAAGCAAUUCCAGCUCGCAGACCGUGCCGCGGCGCCUGUUGCGGUCAUUCUUGGCGAGGACGAGCAGGCACGGGGAGAGGUCAAGGUUAAGCAGAUGGGCCUCCCUGACGGUCACCCGGAAAAGGACGGUGUACUUGUCAAGGCAGAGGAGCUCGUCGCUAAAGUGCAAGCGGUCUUGGAAAAGCUUGACAAGUAG